ACCCUUUUACAUCUACAUUGGUUUUGGAUUUUUUAAUUUUGCUAUUUUGUUGAAAAUGUCUUCACAAAAUGUUUCAGUCAGAAGAACAGAAUUCAUCAUAGGUGGUUUUGAUACAACCAGCUAUCCUGUGCUAGUUGGUGCGGUUAUACUGAUUGCCUACAUUGUGGUUGUUCUAGCAAAUGUAGUAAAUAUCCUCAUCAUUAUUCAUGAAAAGAAACUACACAGACCAAUGUAUCUUCUGAUUUGUAACCUUGCUGUUGUUGAUAUUCUGUACACAUCUAGUGUGUGUCCAACAAUGAUUGGAGUUCUACUUGUUGGUGUUAAAAACAUCUCCUAUGUGCCAUGUUUAAUUCAAAUGUUUUCUUAUCAUUUAGGACACGUGAUGGAGGCACUUGCUCUGUCAAUUAUGGCAUUUGAUCGAUUGAUUGCUGUUAGUUGUCCUUUUCAGUAUCACAGAUAUUUAACAAAUGUUCGUAUUGUGUCUCUUACAUAUUUUCUGUGGAUUGUUGGCAGUGGUUUAGUGGCUGUUUUUCCUGCAACUGUGAUCCCUCUGUCUCACUGCUACAAAGUGCUGAUUUACACUUUCUGUUCCUAUGGUGCUGUUGUACGAACCACUUGUGUUGAUCCAAACUACUAUUUUAAUAUGGUUGCAAUUAUAAUUUCUUUUUUUAUAUUUUUCACCCUUGGUUUUAUUUGCCUGUCCUACAUUGGGAUCAUAGUUUUUGCUAAAUUAUCUUCCAAUAAUGACAGAAUUAAAAUGGGUUGCACUUGUUUGAGCCACUUGAUUGUUGUAAUAUGUUUUUAUAUUCCAUUAAUUGUCAUUAUUCUGUUGACCAGGUUAGGUGUAGUAUUAACUCUUGAGGCGCGUGAUGGCCUAAAUAUUGGAUCGAUCUUUCUCUCAGCUUUGGUAAAUCCUUUUGUGUACUGUCUUAGAACAAAAGAAAUAAAAAAUGAGAUUAUUAUGAUAUUUAAAAAAGUUCAGACAUUUCAGUAA